AAAUACCUCCGGGAGGGUCCUGGCCCUACAAGCAGCCAGAGGAGAUGGAGGCAGGCUCAGCAUCAGGGGCGUUAAGGGCCCGGGGGGGCUGCCCGAGACCCCUGUGCAGGAAUUUUGCCCGUGGAUUUUGCCGGUGGGGCCGCAGCUGCCGCUUCUCCCACGACCCCAAAUCGGCCCCGCGGUGCCGCUACUUCCAGAGCGGGGCCUGCGGCUACGGCGAGCGCUGCAGCUUCCAGCACGUCCAGGAGGAGCCGGUGCCGGCCGGGAGUCGCCACAGCCCCAUGCCCAGCGUGGCCCCCGGUGCCUGGCACACCUGGGUCCCCGCUGUCCCCAUGCGGGCGGACUUCAGGCUCCCAAAUGUGGAGGUUGAGGAAGAAGAGGAUGAUAAAGAGAACAUCCCAGCGCUGAGCAACGCCUCGGGGCGAGCUGUUCCGGAGGAAUUCAUCCCCUGGAGAGCUCGGGGUGCUGCAGCUCUCCUGCCUGCAGGCUCCCACCCACCAGGGCUGGGACUGGACCCAAACUCCCCCAACCCCAGAGAGGCAGCGGUGGAGACGGCAACGUGGGCUGAGCACUCAGAGGUCCCCAUGGAGCAGGGGGCUGCGGCAGCCCCUCUCCCUGCCGCGGAGCUGAGGGCACGCAGCGAGGCCGUGGUGUGCGGCAUCUGCAUGGAGCGGGUGUCCGAGAAGGCGCUGCCGGAGGAGCGGCUCUUUGGGAUCCUCCCAAACUGCAGCCACGCGUUCUGCCUGGGCUGCAUCCGCACCUGGCGCCGCAGCCGGGACUUCCAGAGCGCGGUCAUCAAGGCUUGCCCGGAGUGCCGGGUCACCUCCAGCUACUACAUCCCCCACAAGUACUGGGUCUCGGAUGCGGGCGAGAAGGAGCAGCUCAUCGAGCGCUUCAAGGCGCGGACGGGGAAAAUCAGGUGCAAGUUCUUCCUCCAGAACCGCGGCCGCUGCCCGUUCAGGUCGGACUGCAUCUACCUGCACGAGCUGCCCGGCGGCCGGCCACCGCGGCGCGGUCCACAGCGGUCAAGGAUAAGAGCUGAGCUGAAUCCCUCUCCCUUGGGGAGCUCGGAGGAGGAGGAGGACUUCUGCCUGCUGGGCUGGGCCGUCACCAGGGCCUUGCUGGAGGUGGACUCCCUCUACUCAAGCUAUUCCUACGAGAUGCUCUUCGGGGACUCCAGUGACUCCGACUAAACCUUGGGACCCCCCCACUGAGCCUUGGGUGCUCUUGGUGCCAGGGAGCUGCCUGCUGGGGGGGCAGCCAGCUGCUUUUAAUGGGUUCGGCUGCUCCUGGCUUGGGUUUGGAGUGGCUGUGGGUAUGGAGGGUGCUGCAGGGGCAGGGUGGGAUGGGGAACGUGCUCUGGCUGGAGCCCCAGGAGGCUGGUGGUGAUGGAACCGCAGGGGUUUUGGGGCACGCAGCCCCCUCCCCGUACCCCCUUCCCCUGGGAUGGGGGCAGUGGGGUUUUUAAUGUACAGAUUUGGGGGUGGGGAGGGCACCGUUUUUACGCUGCUUUUAGCCAAACUUUUGGAAAUCGUGCAAUAAUAAAAACGUGCUGUGG